AUGGCACCGAGUAAUAGUGUACUUCAACCUUCUCGAAUGAGGAGUAGUACCCAUCACAAGAGUCAGGAUUCUUUCAUCGAUAGUGGUUUUAUUGAUCAUGCGCAUGUUCAAGUACAUGAUCAACCAUUGACAGCGUCAACUUCUUCUUCGAAUACCCUCCAUGCAUGCAUCUUGUCUCCAACAGGAAUGCAUUCUCAGAAUCACUCGAACCAUCAUAACUUUGAUUAUCAUCAUCAACGCAUGAGUGACUUGUAUACUUACAACAACAACAACUCAAUGUAUCAUGCAACAAGAACCACAUCUUUGAUAAAAGAGAAGGAUCUUUCUCAUGCAACAUGUUCCUCUCCAACGAGUGGAGGUUGUGAGGGUGUCUCUUCUUCUUCUUCUCGUAUCAACAUGCAUGAUUCAAGAAAAGACAUUGACACAAAGAAAUCUCGAGAUCCAAUUGAUUCAAGAAUGACCAUCAUUGAUGAGACAUGCAUGACUGCUGUUAUGGCAAGUAAGGAUUCCAAGAUUCGAAAGAGAAAACGAACUUGGUUCAUUCAGCAACAAGAACAACAACAUUUGAAAUCAGAAAGGCUCACCUCAACUCUAGCUUGUUCUAAUGGAAUUUAUAUGAAGAAUAAUAAUUAUCAAUUUCACAAAAAUGGUAACAAUAAGAGGAACAGUGAGUGUUUGGAGCAAUCACAACAACAAUAUUCAGACACAACCACUGGUUGUGAUUUGCAUGGAAAAAUUUAUGCUUUUGAAAGACCGUUGUUUUCAAAGAGUUGUAAUUUUGUAAAGAAUUAUUAUGUCCUUCAUCCUGAAAAGAAUAUUAACAAUGUACAUAAGGAAAAUCUAACAAGUUUCAAAGAGAAGCAUGUGGUCCCCAACACAUGUGACGGUAAGACUCAAAAACCAAACACACCCAAUCAUGCAGAGAGUCAUCGUAAUAUCUCACCUUCCAAUUCAACUUUGGUGUUUCUCUAUUUGGAAGAGGAAUUAUCAAGUCUAGUGCCAUUUCCAUCAAAACCUAUUCAAUCCCUUCUAGAAACAUCAACAAGGCGGUUCCAGAGUGAUUACACAACCCCUUGUCUUUCGUUGUGCUUGAACGCUCCAUUUCACUCCACCGAUGACAUUUCAAAUAUAAAUAAUAAUAGAGAGGAAGAUGAUAGUUGCACAAGAAAGACGACAUGCAAUAAUCAUACCUCUGGUAGUAGUUCCUUUUCCAAUCUGGAGCAAUUAGACAACCAACAUGUACAGCAAGUCAUUAAUCGAUGCUAUGAAAUGAUUCAAUUAAGCACUACUCCUAACAAAACAUUCCAUUAA